AUGCCAGCAGUUUCUGGUGAGCACGACGUGCAUUUUCUCCAUGCCCGAGAAUGGCAAAAGACUGUCGGCAACUCGGGCAUGACGCCUACUGCAUUUAGCUUCUUGAUUCCUGUAUUUGUCGUGGCUGUCAUAGCGCCUUUUAUGUGCAUCUUUUGCAUUCGCAAACGACGGCGAACACAAAUUCCUGUCGCAACACGACCAGCAACAAAGGUCAAGAAGCCUGCGCUUAGACGAGAAGAGGCAAGAGAGAAGCUCAAAGAAGUCACUGAGAUAUCUUCGCAAGCAAGCGAUGUUGGAGAAGAAGACCGAGAGAGGCCCGAAGGAGAAUCCCAGUCUAUAUCUGAAAAAGAGUGUGCCAUUUGUCUCUCAGCCCUCUAUCCACCAUCGCCGCCAGAGCCUGCAAAACUCUCACCCGAAACACCUAAUGCCGACACUCCCGCACCUUCAUCCGUGACAUCCGAUCAACCCCAAUCCACCAGUCCAACCACUACUGCCACCCCGCCCACCUCAACCCCCCAAUCCGGCUCGGAACCUAUCCUCAAACUCACCGUUUGCUCCCAUGAAUUCCACGCCGAAUGCCUCGUAUCAUGGUUCGUCCUCCGCAAAACUAGCUGCCCCAUCUGCCGCUCCAUGUACAUGACCAAGGAAGAAAUGGACAAAUACGACGAGGAAGAGCAAAUCGCCCUCGGCGGCACACCUUCCACAACCGUCACAACACCUACUCCGGAUCUUGAAGCCCAACAACAGACAACCCAGCCGGAAGCAACGACUACGGUACGCAACUGGCAGUACUUUUUGUAUGGUCGCGAUGCAUAUCGACGUGCGAGGGAUAGACAGACUAGGUCGCAGGCGCAGAGUCAACCUGCGGUCGAGAUGCAGAGUCAACCUGCGAUCGAUGGCGAGAGCCAGCAAUCUGAUACUGAGGCUGCGCCCGCGGCUGCUGAAGCGACACAACAGCCGGAGCAGCCGGCUAGAUCGAGAUGGCAACGAUUGCUCAGGCGGGGUUGA